AUGGGAUUAAAAGAAAAAGCUGAACGUGCAUUUAAUCUUGGUUUAGCUGCAUUAUUAGCUGAAAAUGUUUAUAAUUUUGGUGAAAUUCUUCAACAUCCUGUACUUGAUGCAAUUAAAAAUACACGCGAACAAUGGUUAAUUGAUUUAUUACAAGCAUUUAAUAUUGGUGAUGUUGAAAAAUAUGAAUCAUUAAAAUCUGUUUUUCAAAUUCAACCAGAUUUACGUAUGGCAGAAAUAAUAUUAAAAAGAAAAAUAACUUUACUUUGUCUUAUGGAUAUGAUAUUUGCUGCUGGUGGUGCACGUGCAUUAAGUUUUAAUGAUGUUUCUAAAAGAACAAAAUUACCGAUUGAACAAAUUGAACUAUUAGCAAUGCAAGCUUUAUCAUUAGGUUUAAUACGUGGAAGUAUUGAUCAAGUCGAUGAAAAAUUAAAUAUGCAUUGGGUUAAACCACGUGUUUUAGAUUUAAGACAAGUUGCAACUUUAAAAAAACGAUUAGAUCAAUGGACAAAUGAUGUUAAACAUAUGUCAACAUUAGUUGAACAUCAAGCUGUAGACAUUCUUUCUUAA